AUGGGGAGGGUGUUCUACCACUCUUCAGUCGAAAAUGAAAACACCAGCAAGGUGCCUGUCUUCAAUCUUGAACCGGUCACCGCCCACUGCUUCAAGCAGUUCAAGCAGAAGGACUUUCACCUGCCUCAGAGCCGCCGGCGAAUCAUUAUCGUGCCUGGCAAGCAGGACCGGGGGCCCACCCAUGCCACACCGCAGCCCCACGCUCCUCCACAGCCCGCCCCCCGCUGCAAAGCCCUGGAAGCUGAAGACAUCCAGGAGCCGCAGGAGGACUGGAAGACCUGGCUGAGCAAGAAGCUGACGCUGAAGAAGGAGCUAGAGUCCUUUGGUGACUUAAAGAGGUGGCUGGAGAACAAGCCCAGUGUCACGCCUGUGGAGGCCAAGGCGCUGAACAAGGUCCGUGAGGAGCAGGCUGCUCGGCUGGGGGACCACUUGACCCUUAUCAGGACCGUCAAGGAAGUCCUCCAAACCCCGCCCCGCCGGAUGGUGCCCCAGCUCCGGCUGCCCAGGCCCUCGUCCCUGUCAGCCUUGUACUCCUACCUGCACAGCCGCAAGAUCGAGAUCCUGGAUUUAUUUAACAAAGUGGACCGGAGCAAGUACCAGAAGAUCACCAGGGAGCAGUUCAUCCUGGCUCUAAAGGCAAUCAGAGUUCCUCUGAUGCAGCAGGAGGUGGAGGACAUAGUAAUCUACCUGGGCUCCCUGGGGAAGCACAAUACCAUCACACUGGACAUCGUCACCACCACCUACAGGAAGUGGGCCCUGACCCAGCAGAGGAGCACCGUGCCCACCGCGAGGGAGUACUUCCUCUCGGCGAGACAGAAGAUCUCCCUACAGGCUUCGCUCAAGGCGCAGAAAGCAGAUUCCGACUCACAGCCUCGCCAGAUGGACCUACUGACAGUGCCCGAGGUUGACACAAAGACGGAGGCGAGGCCCUUGACCCUGGAGGAGAUGGAGGACGUGGGCAAGCGCUACCGCGAGAGGAAGCGGCUGCAGAAGCACCUGAUCCCGUCCAUCCAGUAUACGGAGCGCUGCCGCCUGGUGCGCUGCGGCUGCGAGCGCAUCGACGAGCACUGCCUCCCGUCCACCCUCUCUGGGGAGAUGAGGGAGAUGGUCGACAGGACGCGCAGGGACACCUUUCUGGUCUACCUGCAGUGCUGGAAGCUCUGCGAGUUCUACAGCCUCCCGCUGACGGAGGACAUCCUCAUGAGAGCCCUGCUGUAUCCGGGAGACAAGAUCAUCUUCCAGAGGGACCAGGUGCGCCCACUCCGGCAGCCCGGCGGCUACUACUCCGACAAGAAGGCCUUCGCUUGGAACCGGUCGCUGCACCAGGUCCAGGGCCUCGAGCCCGGCUACAAGAAGAUGGACAAGACCGACAAGAAGACACCGAAGAAGCUCAAGAAAAUGCUCUUUAAGGAGUUCGAGGAAUUCACCAGGAAGCUGAAGGGCAAGAGGUCCAGCGGCUCCCAGCAGCACACCUGCCCCAGUUCCUUCUGGCCGGGUCAGCUUCUGGACAAGCUGCAGCUGUACCUGCCCACGGUGAUCGCGGACGGGAGCCUGGUGCUCUUCAGCCGUGUGCGUCCUGAGCGCCACGCCUAUCCCGCCACCUACCACCCCGACCGCUGGUGGCCUGUGAAGGACAACAGCUACAUGGUCCACGCCUACUAUGAUUCCACCAAGGUCUACCACAUCGACUAGAGCGGCCCAGGCGCCGCCGACCUGGGCGUCCGUGACCCAGAGCCCGAGGCGUUGCGCGGGGGCCUGGCCUGGGGCCUGUGUCUCCGAGGGUGGAUGUGGACAGGGAGAGAUCGUGUGUUUGACCCCUUCCCCCUCCUGAACUCUGCCCUCAGAAAUAAACCAGGUUGGCGUUCCCCCAUGCCUCCUGUGACCCAGCUGGAGCGAGUUCUUAGGAGCCGGGCCAGAGCCUGCGGCUGGGGGUGUUCAGCAGACCUCCCCCCGGAAUGUGUCAGGGAUGCCCACAUGGCACCCCUGGACCCUGCAGUGCCCGUGGGGAAGCAGCAGCGUGUGGACAGCUUGUACCCUCCUCUGUG